UAAAUAAAAAACAACACCUCCCAGCGAACCAACCAUCAACAAGGUCCAAGGCAAAACAGAGUUUCCACCAUCAAUCCUCCUCCAUUCUCGAGAGCAGCAGCAGCAGCAGCCAGCAGGACGUCAUCGCCCUGCAAUGGCGGCGGCAGCACCUUGGUCAGGAAGCAACACAGCUACGACGACGACGACCAGCCGGUUCGCGGCUGCGUGCGGCGCGCUGAGCCAGUACGUCAAGGCGGCGGAGGCCGAGAGGACGACGCGCACGCGGCCGCCGGCGGCGGUGCGGCCCCUGCCCCUCAUGCCGGGCGCCGACGUUGACCAGGACCAUGAUGAACAGCCGGAAACGGCGGCGGCGCAGCUAACCAUCGUGUACGGCGGGCGGGCGCUGGUGCUCGACGAUGUCACGGCGGACAAGGCGGCGGACCUGCUGCGGCUCGCCGCGGCGGCGCGGGGAGGCACGGAACAGCUGCCUCUCUCCUCGGUCGCCGACCUACUACUACCCGUGGCCAGGAAGGCGUCGUUGCAGCGGUUCAUAGAGAAGCGCAAGGACAGGGUCGCCGCCGGCCCGGUGACCCACGCGACCAUCUCACGCUCGCGCUGUGAUCUCACAAAGAGAGUCUCGGCGUUAGCUAGAGGAUGCUGUGCUGAAGAAGCUCAACUCAGCCGGUGGGGAAUAGAAAUCUCCGACUCUGUAUGAUGCUUAGUAGUCAGUAUAUAUAUAUAUAUAUAU